UGCACAUACUUCACUUUUCUGCUUCCCUCUUGAGGACUUCGGUCAAUGCAUAGCUUUACGGCCUUCCUCGCGCGACACUACUGUUCUCUGCCGGACAAUCACCAUAUUCAGCAUGUCGCAGAAUGCUACUUCACCGCGGUAUCGGCGACCACCAAAGAGUGUCCAACGGACUCGGACGGGGCCGAGAGCCUUAGUCGCCUGCAUUCAUUGCAAGGAAAAGAAAUUAAAGUGCGAUAAUAACAUCACUGGUUGCGACAACUGUCGUCGUUCUGGUUCAAUCUGUCUUGUGGAAGAUCCAGCAACAAAACGAUGGCAACCGCGAAAUUACCUCGAGACCCUCGAACAGCGCGUAGCUUUUCUUGAGGGCAUACUUACGCAAUACCGCCCAGAUGUGGCCGAGGAUCACUUCUUCCAAGCCGAGCCACAACAGCAAGAAGCUCAGACGAGUCCCACGCCAUUCGAGCAGCGGAGUGACAACCAGUACAGCGGUCGAUCGGUUUCCCCCCUGCCGAACGAUGAACACGAUGGACUGGACGAAUUGGAAUCAAAAGUCGGUCUCCUAAGUUUGAAUGCAGCAGGAGCGGAACCUCAUUACCUAGGCCCGUCUUCCGUGUUUGCUUUCUCGCGAUUGAUCAACUCAUCUCUACGUCAAGUUGUUGUAACGAACCAUCCCAAUCCAAGUACGCUUGGCGACCUUGACAACGACUCGACGACAACGCCGACACCUUGUCUCUUACCCGAUCACGAUGUCGCAUUAAGACUUAGCAACGUCUACUUUGACAACAUUCAUUCACAGUAUCCAUAUCUACAUGAACCAACAUUUCGAUUAUGGGAGAGAACGCUGUUCAGCAAGUCUGCAGCGGUCGACACUCUCAUGUCCAGCCCUGUCCCUUUAUUCUUCCUGAAUAUGGUAUAUGCCAUUGGUGCCCUCCUAGUACCCAAUUCCGGAUGUUCUGCUGAGCGUCUAUACAUGUCAGCGCAGUUGUAUAUUGACCAUAUCUUGCCGUACGACAACCUAGAAUCCAUACAAGCCAUCUUAUGCUGUGCAGCAUACUCACUGCGAUCUUCGAUUGGCACAUCAACGUGGAAGCUAGCCGGUCUAGCACUUCGUCAAUGUAUCGAUCUCGGAUACCACAGAAACUCCAAGCGGUUCAAACCAAGCGCUGAUCCGCUCAGGACCGAUUUACGUAAGCGAGUGUUUUGGUGUGCUUAUGUGAUGGAAUGUCAAGCUGCCGUAAUGUUGGGACGUCCUCUGGGUAUACCUUACCAGGAGGUCGAUGCGGAGUAUCCUUUGGACAUCGACGAUUCGUGCAUUACGGAAACAGGUAUUCAUGGCACCCCACGGGCCUCACCCAGCGAUCCGCCGACAAGCAUGACCAGGGCGAUUCAUGCCUUCCGAAUGCGUCGCCUUCUAGGCCGCAUCCAUACCUCUCUCUACUCGGAGCUGGUGCCAAGCGGCCCAUCUAAACAUCUCUAUCGAACACACAUCGAUCAGUUGCGGAGCGAACUCGAGGAAUGGAGAUCCCUGACGCCUCCAAUGGCAGUACAGCCUAGUCACGGCGGAGCAACAGCACUCUCGUUGUUCCAAACUUCCGACUGGUUUGAUAUGGAGUAUAACUAUACCCUCUUGCAACUAUAUCGAGUUCACAUUGUGAGCGCCCAAGAAGGUGCCACGGACAGCAUAUUCCUCGACUGUCUACGCGCUUCGGAGCGCAUUUGCCACAGCUACCGGCGCCAGUUUCUGGGAAAGCCGACAAGCUACACAUGGUCGGCACUCCACGAGUUGUUCCUUGCUGGACUGACGUACCUGCACUGCCUUUGGACAUCCCCUGCGGCUCGCAAAGCCAGCCGGCAGGGUCAAGUGAGCUCUACGUGCACCGAUUGCACCAUCGUUUUGGUGAUAAUGGCCGAACGGUGGGACACAGCAGCGCCGUAUCGGGACAUUUUUGAAGCGCUGGCCAAUCGUACCAUUACCAUGAUGGACGAAAACGGACAUGGAGAUUGGACACCGCCGGGUGCGGCUGCUGCACAACAACCCAAUGAUCCAGCCGGCGCCGGGGACUUCAUGCAAUGGAUGAGCUCCAUCGCGGACACGGGCGGUAUGUCUGAAGGGCUUGAUGAGCUGCUGACCAGCCUGAUAGGGCCUCCAUCAUCUCAAAUGCAAGGACAGAAUGACGCAUCCCAAGCGUCUGGUGAAGACGGAUUAUUUCAGCUGUGUCCGAGUCUUGGAGAGCUCUGAACAUGAUUCCAACAUGAAUAUUUCAAGUGCCUCAAGGCAUGCCGAAGCUGGUCACAGCCGUCCUUCAGAGUG